GCUUCGGAUAAUUCAAGCCCAUUUCUUGUCAAAACAGUGAGUUCUAUUUGAAGAAGAAACAAAGCCCAAGUUUAAACCCCUGAAGGCUAAAUGCCUAAACUUAUUGCAGAAACUUACCACCGCCGAAACCCUAUACUCCACCACCGCCGAGCAUACCCCUUUACCGUCGAAGAAUGUCGAAGUGGUGGCGCGCUGCCGGCGGCGGUCUCAGAAGAGCGAUCGAGGAUCCCAAACUCCGAUCUUACCAUACUAUUCAAGCCAUUCCGAGAGAGUAUACUGGGCACAGAGUAUCAGUUAGAGACAGAGGGCAAGGUCGAAUCCCAACUAUCGUAUUUUCCCAGAACUAUGUAGAAAAGAAACCCGGCGAUCCUAAUUCUAUCGCUGCCGAACCAUCGGUUUCAAGGAAACUCUUCCUUACGACCGAGAAAAGACAGAUUAAAGCCAUAUUGAAUUCUGUGGAAUUACCGUUUUUUUGCUCCACCACAUUUCCUCUCCAAAUACGAGCCGGGUCGGGUUCAUCUACUUUGAUUGAAUCCGGACGAGUGCUACCCAUCAAGAUUCAUAGAAAUGAAGAGACUGGGGAGAUACUGAAUUUGGUACUUGCGUGGGCCGAGGACGGGAAGAAAUUUGUGGUGGAUGUACCUAUUGUUUUUAAAGGAGAAGAUGUCUGCCCUGGAAUUCAGAAAGGUUGGUCCCUGAGAAUCGUUUUUACUUAUGAGAUGUGUUCUUUUGUGUGCAUUUCCAUCAGUUUUCCCCUACUUGGAUUGUUUAUGUGUUUGGAACUUGUUAAAGUUGUCAUCUGGAUGUUGGUGUGUUUCUUUUGUUUUUGUCUAUUAUGCACUGGAAGACGUUCAAUCUAUUGAAAAGGAAUUUGCAGAGCAUGAAUGGUUUCUUAAUAUCAGAUUGUAAGUUAGGAAGUAAGAGGAAGAUGUAUAAUGUUCAUGUACAUUGGUGUUUUGAAGUGAUGGAGUCUGUACUGUUCUUUAGCUUUUCAAGGCAUUUUCCAUCUCUCAUGGAUACUUUCUGGACUUUGCUGGUACCUUGUUCUUUGUCCUCUUUGUGACUUGGUUGUAUAUACAUGGUGAGCGAUGACAGUUCCCCUUUUUUAGUGAACAACUGGUGGAAAACGUAUUUCUGACGCCUCCAUUGAUAGAGACACUGUAGUGUUCCUUUGCAAUAACAACUGAUAGAUGCACAUCUGUUGGAUGUUCUGAAGAGUAGCCUUUAUAAAUACCUGUCUCAUGGGUGCAAUCUGCUAAUAAUCACACAAUUUUAUCUGCUUUUGACUAGGGAAAGGCAAAUUUUUUUCUUCAGCUGCUUUAUAAGCCUUCUUUCUUACAAAAUGACGUGCAGUUUAGUAUCAUAGUGCUGCUUAAUCUCUGUGUAAUCAGUCAUUAGAUUUUCCCGUAAUGAUUCUGAUUCUAAAUAUCACCUCUGGUCUUUAGUUUAACUGAAGUAGACGUUCCCUUGCGUUUAAGUUUUAACUGAAGCUGACAUAUAAAUACUCUAAUAAUAUGAACAUUUCUCGUUUAUCUUUUUCUGCAGGAGGAUACUUGAAUAAGGUGCGGAAAUAUCUAAGAUAUUUAUGUCCCGCUGAGCACAUUCCUCAGAAGAUUGAGGUGGAUAUUAGUAAAUUAGAUAUUGGAGACAAGUUGCAGUUAGAUGAUAUAAAGGUUCAUCCUAGCUUGAAGCUUGUAAGUAAGAAUGAUGUCAUGCCUGUUUGCAAGAUUAUGGCCGCCAAAGAUGAACAUUCAAAAGAUGCAACCUCAGGAGGCGAACAGUGAUAUUUAUGGGUCACCAUGUGAUUGCUGCUCAAAGUUUUAAAAUGAACAGAAAUUCUUUGCUGCAAUUCUUACUAGGGAAUGUUUUGGUGCUUCCGGCACGGGGCGUCUGAACUUCGUGAAUUACUCUGUGUAAUACUUCAGUGGACAGUAAACUUGAGAGCCUUUCUCUUUUAACUGCCAGUGGAUUUUGGCUUUCAUCUAAUGGAAAAGCGUCCUCUAAAUUCUGAAUUGAUCAGCCUAAAAAACAAUUGUGUGUGUAAUCUAUGAGGCUCUAAUAACUUGUAGCAAUGUCAACUGUGAUGAUCCUUUAUCCCUACUUUGGUUCUUGCAAGAUCAAUAAAUUAGCCAUCGUUGACUUGUUAUUCAUAUCAUGAGA